AUGUAUUAAACAGCCAAAAUUAGAAUUAAAGGAAUAAUCAAAGUGUUCAGCAAACUAGCAUUUCAUUAAUAUUCCCAUAAUAGUAGUGAAAGACUUUUGUAAAGAUAUAGAGAGAUCUUAUUGUGUAAAUCUGCUUUUCUAAUAAGGACCAGAAUUCCAUGACUGUCUGGAUACAAACAAACAAUCCUUUCCAGCAGGAAAGUGGAUAUUAAAGUGAGCCAAAUGUGCGGUCAAGGUUGUGUGUGCCAGUCUCAUGCCAGUUUAGCCCAGCUCCUGUGUUCGGCUGCUGUACUGGUUCCAUGUGUUGCCCUCCUGGGUACACACACACACACAGACAGAGGAGUGUGCAACUGCCCUGAUACUCGUGGGAAACAUAAUCUAGCUCUCCACAUGCCUCGCCUUCCUGGCCCUGAGCUGCACAGUGUCAGGAUUUAGCGGAAUUUACAUCUCUGAACCUCCUGAGCCGCUCCCAGCCGCUCGGCUGCAGUUUUACUGAGGAUGAUCUGAUCUGAGGUGACUGAGGUUUCAGCUGGAGCUAAACUGCUGCUUGAGCUCAAUGAGAGAGGGUGUUGAGAGAUGGAUGAUGGGAUAAUGACAAGGAGUUACAUUCAGAUUGGUUGAUAUGUUUGCUUCAUAACUGUUUUUUGAUUUAUUGCAUAAUUACAACCAGUUUUGACACCACAGCACUGCAAAUUGCUUUGUUUACCUCAUGUGUCUUUCGUUUUAUUGAGUAUUUUUAAUAGCUUAAAUCCUCCUUUUUUGAGAGGAUUUGAUUAGAAGGAAAGAUUUCUGGAACAUUUAGCCCUAAGAAAUUACCCUAAUAGGCCACUUCCAGAGUGCAUUCUCCAGUUGACAUUUUCUGGGCAAAAUAUGGGUCCAGUUAGCAAAACAAACCAGCCAAGCAAACACCCCCCCUUGGAGUUAAUACUAACAAAAGCUGGGGAACGGCAGAGAAAGAAGGAAGAGAACAACGGACAAUCAAAGGCUGUUAUUUUAAUCUGCCCAACCCCAGAGAUUAGCCGACCACAUUGUUUUAAUUGUUUUAAAGGGGGGAGCGCAAUGCCCGCUCAUUGAAGGGAGAUGCUUUGCCUAAAUCUCCCAAGUUCAAUAGUUUCAAAAACUUGAGCCCCCAAACCCCCCUUUCUCUCCCUCAUCCCACUUAAUCCAGGCUAAUACCUUUCUUUCUAUUGGCUAAUGGUUGAAGGAAGCUGAAGUUAAUGCCUCUUAAAUAGUGGAAACUGAGCUGGAGAGAACCUAAACCAUAGUCAACGUCGGGCAUUACAGGUCUGCCUUAGAAAAAGAAACUUCAUUGUAAAUUUUUGGGGAUUUUACCAGCUCCUGUGAAAUGUUUCCUUGGGAUUUUAGAAUCAUAUGAGUAAAAAACAAAAACAGCAGUUACUCAUAGCUACUUUACCUCAUUUUACUGGGUAAAUGUCCGUUUUUUGCAACUAAUCAUUCCACAGUACAUUGGAAGUUGUAGCAGAAUGAAUUCUCUGUAUUUCUGUGGACCAAGACACGGCCAGGGGCCUUUUCCAUUGGAACGCGUCAACUCGUUAUUUCACGAGGCUCACCAGCAGAUGGCGCAGCCGUAUCAGGUUCAUUCAGCGGCCAGUCCGUCGUCUAUGCAGACGUUCACAGUGGCGGAGCGCCUGGCAGAACUCAUCCUUGAGGCACGCUACGGUAACCAGCAAAAGCAGCGUCGCAGUCGCACGGCCUUCAAUGUAUCCCAGUUACAGGCGCUCGAAAAGGCCUUUCAGCAAACCCAGUAUCCAGAUGUGGGCAUGAGAGAGAGACUAGCAGUCUGCAUCAACCUCCCAGAGGCCCGUAUCCAGGUGUGGUUCAAAAACAGACGUGCCAAAUUUAGAAAAGGUCAACGCUUCACACCCCUUCCCAAAGAAGAAAUCCAAGUGCAUCGCUCUGCUACUAAACAACGGAAAGAAGGGGCUAAGGACCAAGAGAAAGUCUUUAAUUCAAAAUCUCAAUCCUCUUUUAGAGAAAACAAGACCAUUCCUUCCUCAGAGGACUCUACUCACCAUCAUUCCCAUCCCAGACUACACUCCUCUGCUGUUCUUCCAUUCAUCACUGGAGAACACUACCAACAACCAGUGCCUCAUGCACUUGGGCUGCUGUCUGGAGGUCUGCCUUUCUCUCCUACAUAUUUACCUAUAAUGCAACAGCAGCACAGCACGGCCAUCAAUCUUGUGCCACUGGGGAAAUGCAGCAAUCUCAUGCUUCAGUCUGCCUGUCAAUCUAAAGCCAUGGUUCACCACCACCUGGACAUGUAGCCGUACCACCAACCAGUAAGCUCCUGUGAGCCAGUCAUCUUUUUUAGGACAUGAAGAGGGAACAGGUGUUCCUGUGUCACCACAACAUUGUAACUUUUACUCUGAGAAUAAUGGAAAAGUUUGGAUUUGGUUCUUUUCCUGUAACUUUCAUUAAGUGGUUUUGAUUAUAUUUGUACAAACUGUCUUAUUUUGUCAACUUUCAUGCUCCGUUUUGCAUAGCUUAGAGCAUUAAGAAAACUAUUGUGUUGCACACACAUAUUUGAGCACUUUGUAGAUUUUUAUGAACUUUUUAUCAUUUUGAAUACGAAUAAACAUGAAAAACACCUGAA